AUGGGUCGUGUUAAAUUGGAGAUAAAGAGAAUAGAAAACAACACAAAUCGACAGGUUACAUUUUCAAAACGAAGGAAUGGACUCGUUAAGAAGGCAUAUGAGCUUGCCGUCCUUUGUGACAUAGACAUUGCUCUUAUCAUGUUCUCUCCCUCUGGCCGUCUUAGUCACUUUUCUGGCAAAAAGAGGAUCGAGGAUGUGCUUGCUCGUUUCGUUAAUCUACCUGAUCAAGAAAGAGAACUUGCUAUAGUUUUUCCCGAACAAGACCGGUAUCGUCGUGAUAUUCAGAACAAAGAGGAACUCCAACAUGAAAUUGCAAUGCUACUACAGCAACUUGAACUAGCAGAGGAACAGAUAAGGAUAUAUGAGCCUGACCCAAUAAAAUUUACGUCUUUAGAGGAGCUAGAAUCACAUGAGAAACGUCUUGUUGACACCUUGGCACGUGUCAUGCAAAGAAAGGGGAUGCCAACCUCUUUCGAUAAUGGUGUGGUUAAUUGGAUGCCUGAUGCUGGUCACAGCCAUGCCCAAAUUUUUAAUGCCGCUGCUUCCUUGAAUGCUCUAAGAGAUCUUUCGUCCACAAUGUAUGAUCCAUUUUUACAAGGAAUUCACUCGAAUGCAGAGGCACACAACAUAAGAGAGUGCCCCAGUGAUGAAAACUUUUCACAGUGGCCACCAUAUAAUUCGACGGUGCUCCACUCCAAUCCCAUUUCUCCUUCCUUAUACUCUCAAAUUCAGCAUGGAAUGGGGGGACCAAAUAUUCCAGAUAUGGUGCCACGUGAGCAGGUGGAGAUCCCAAUCACCAGCCCCCACAUACAGGUGGACAAUGAAGGUGCAAGCUAUGAGGACAGCAAACCUCGACUUGAUGAUCCAGAGCACCAAACAAUCUUUGAGUUGUACGGUUAA